CAAUUCGAUCAGUUUUUCCUCGCGCAGCCAAAAAAACAUCCUUCUUCUGCAGACCUACCAAGUGGUUGCCUCUCGACGUUCUUUCCAAUUUUCCGCCCUCUCUAGCCUCCGAUACCACCUUGUACCGGAACCCAGCUUUACAGUACAGUGUCAAAAUGCUGGCCCUCCGCUCGAUUGCUGCCCCGGUGCAGCGCCAAUCCUGGCGUGCAGCUCCCCGCGCCGCCGUUACCCUCUCGCUGCAGAACCAGAGACUGUACUCGUCGCAAGAACGUGUCGCCAAAUUCAACGGAAAGAAGGAUGCGCAGGGUCGCUACACUGUCAGCUUGAUCGAGGGUGAUGGCAUUGGCCCCGAGAUUGCCGUCGCCGUCAAGGACAUCUUCGCUGCCGCCAAGACCCCCAUCAAGUGGGAGCCCAUUAACGUCGACCCUAUCCUCAAGGAUGGCAAGACGGCAAUUCCCGAUGCCGCGAUUGAGAGCAUUAAGAGGAACAAGAUCGCCCUGAAGGGCCCCCUUGCCACUCCCAUCGGCAAGGGACACGUCUCUCUCAACCUUACCCUCCGCCGUACCUUCAACCUCUUCGCCAACCUUCGUCCCUGCCGGUCGGUCGCCGGGUACAAGACGCCCUACGACGACGUCGACACCGUCCUGAUCCGCGAAAACACCGAGGGCGAGUACUCCGGCAUUGAGCACGUUGUGGUGGAUGGCGUCGUCCAAAGCAUCAAGCUCAUCACGCGCGAGGCCAGCGAGCGUGUCCUGCGGUAUGCCUUCCAGCACGCCCGGGCCAUUGGUCGCAAGAAGGUCCGCGUUGUGCACAAGGCCACCAUCAUGAAGAUGAGCGACGGCCUCUUCCUUUCCGUCGGCAACCGGGUCGCCAAGGAGUUCCCGGAUAUCGAGUUCGACGCCGAGCUUCUCGACAACACCUGCCUGAAGAUGACGACCGACCCCCUCCCGUACAACGACAAGGUCCUCGUCAUGCCCAACCUCUACGGCGACAUUCUCUCCGACAUGUGCGCCGGUCUGAUUGGUGGCCUGGGUCUGACGCCCUCCGGCAACAUCGGUGACGAGUGCUCCAUCUUCGAGGCCGUCCACGGCUCCGCCCCUGAUAUCGCCGGCCAGGGCCUCGCCAACCCCACCGCCCUUCUCCUCAGCUCCAUGAUGAUGCUGAGGCACAUGGACCUCAACCAGUACGCGGACCGGAUCGAGAAGGCGGCGUUUGACACGCUGGCCGAGGGCAAGGCUCUGACUGGCGACCUGGGCGGCAAGGCGAAGACGCACGAGUAUGCGGCGGCCAUCAUCGAGAAGCUAUGAUAUCCAUGUAUAGACUGUACUAGUACUGCGGCCAACGUUCGAUAGCAUUCUGGCUGGUUGUUAACGAUGACGAUUGUAAUGAUCUUUCAACCGGUUGUGGGCACGUUUGUUUGCUCAGUCCGGCGCUUUCAGGCGGCACCUUCUCCGAGCAACAACUAUCGUGUAAGCGGUAGCCAUGGGUAUAUUUUGCACGGCACUUCCGGGCUGCGGUCAGGGACCGGGCUUCAUGAACUGAGCGGGAGAGUCCUGGAUUUCCCAAACCAAAAGCGACCGAGAGACCUAGUAGGAUCUAUUACAACUCCCAGGCC